AGGGGGUGAAAAUGGCGCCCAGCUCGAAAUCGGAGCGGAACAGCGGGGCCGGGAGCGGCGGUGGCGGCCCCGGGGGUGCCGGGGGGAAGCGGGCAGCGGGGCGGCGGCGGGAGCACGUCCUCAAGCAGCUGGAGCGAGUCAAGAUCAGUGGGCAGCUCUCCCCUCGCCUCUUCCGGAAGCUGCCGCCCAGGGUCUGUGUCUCCCUCAAGAACAUUGUGGAUGAGGACUUCCUCUACGCAGGGCACAUCUUCCUGGGCUUCUCCAAGUGUGGCCGGUAUGUGCUGUCGUAUACCAGCAGCAGCGGGGAUGAUGACUUCUCCUUCUACAUCUACCACCUGUACUGGUGGGAGUUCAACGUCCACAGCAAGCUCAAGCUGGUCCGGCAGGUCCGGCUCUUCCAGGACGAGGAGAUCUACAGCGACCUGUAUCUGACCGUGUGUGAGUGGCCCAGCGAUGCCUCCAAGGUCAUCGUCUUCGGCUUCAACACCCGCUCAGCCAAUGGGAUGCUCAUGAACAUGAUGAUGAUGAGUGACGAGAACCACAGGGACAUCUAUGUCAGCACCGUGGCAGUGCCGCCCCCGGGCCACUGUGCUGCCUGCCGGGAAGCCAGCCGGGCCCAUCCAGGCGACCCAAGCGCUCAGUGCCUGCGGCACGGCUUUAUGCUGCACACCAAGUACCAGGUGGUCUACCCCUUCCCCACCUUCCAGCCUGCCUUCCAGCUCAAGAAGGACCAGGUGGUGCUGCUCAACACCAGCUACUCCCUGGUGGCCUGUGCUGUCUCAGUCCACUCAGCAGGCGACAGCAACUUCUGCCAAAUUCUAUAUGAUCACACUUCCUACCCCUCAGCCCCUCCCAGCCCACCUGGGCCCCGGAGUCCAGAGGUGGCCCCUGCUCUCCCCAGUGUCUGCCCUGAGGUGGCCCCAGCCCAGUCCCCUGGAGCCCUUGAGCCCUCACCCGCAAUCGCCAAAGCCAAGGAGUUUGUGGCUGACAUCUUCCGCAGGGCCAAAGAGGCCAAGGGUGGGACCUUGGAGGAAGCCCGGCCGCCCCCCUGUCCAGGGCCUUCAGGCAGCCGCUGCCGCCUGUCCUCUGAGCCCCUAGCCCCAGGUGGGGAGGUGGUUCCCAGGGACAGCCCCCCUGCAGCGGAGGCACUGGCUCCUGAGCCCGGCUAUGUCAACUACACGAAGCUGUAUUAUGUGCUGGGGUCUGGCGAAGGGACGGAACCAGAGGAUGAGUUCGAGGAUGACAAGAUCUCCCUGCCCUUUGUGGUGACUGAUCUCCGUGGACACAACCUGCGGCCCAUGAGGGAGCGGGCUGCCGCUCAGGGUCAGUACCUGACAGUGGAGCAGCUCACACUAGACUUUGAAUACGUCAUCAAUGAGGUCAUUCGCCAUGAUGCCACCUGGGGCCACCAGUUCUGUUCCUUCAGUGAUUAUGACAUCGUCAUCCUGGAGGUCUGCCCAGAAACCAACCAGGUCCUCAUCAACAUCGGCCUGCUGCUACUGGCGUUCCCGUCCCCCACGGAGGAGGGCCAGCUCCGACCAAAGACCUAUCACACCAGCCUCAAGGUAGCAUGGGACCUCAACACAGGCACCUUUGUGACAGUCAGCGUGGGUGAGCUCACUGAAGUUAAAGGGCAGACCAGUGGCAGUGUCUGGAGCUCAUACCGCAAGAGCUGUGUGGAUAUGGUAAUGAAGUGGCUGGUGCCUGAGAGCAGUGGCCGCUACGUUAACAGGAUGACCAACGAGGCAUUGCACAAAGGGUGUUCACUGAAGGUUCUGGCAGACAGCGAACGAUACACAUGGAUUGUGCUGUGAGGGCCCGGCCACCCUGGACACUGACUCCAACUACCUCCGCGGCCUGGGAGCUGGCUGCCUUCUGGGCAGCCUCUUUCUAGCUGGCUGGCCGACCGAUGACCGGCACUAGUGUUAGGCUGUGGGAAAGGGGCUGGUCUGGGCAGCCUCUGUUGGCCUGAGAGCCUGGAUGCUUCUUAUUUAUGCCUAUUUAAGUUGGGAAGGGGCAGAGGGAGGGAGACCCCUGCCCCACCAGCCUCACGUGCCCGCCUUCACCCCGCACUGGGCACAGACCCUUGCUCUUUGCGCAUUUGCCCUUUUCCUCGGCUACAAGUGCCGACAUUGCCCCCCCCACCCCAAGGUCAAAUGGACCCUAUUCCACUGCCCUGGCUGCCUCCAGCCUUCCCCUCCAGAGGUGGCAAACCUUACGGGCACCCCCCCACCCCCACUUGUCAUUCUUCAAGUAAUAAAUGUUUAAUUUCUGAA